UUUAGUGAAUAUAGGUUUUCGUCCUGUAGAUGAGCAAUAGUCGUAAAAAGUUUUUGGCGAACGGUCGAGUUUCCAGGGCGACGGGAGCCACCGUAAAGUCAACAAGUGCGGGGAAGGGGCCGUUAGCCAGCCCGCCACCCUCAGGGAGCCACCCAUUUACCACGGAGAAGCCGAAGAGCCAUGGGCUGUGCAAGCAGCGCUCCGCUAGUCCAGCAGGGGCUCGACGCUGCCAAAAAAGCCGUCUCGAGAGAAAACGCCGAGGAAAAGGCAAAGUCCCUCGCGAGGACCGUCUCCGAUUCGGAUGAGGUGAAAGGCGUCAUCGAAAAUGUGCAGCAUGUCAAGGAUGAAGCCGUCGAAAAAUUACAAGAUAUGGGCCAGACGGUGAAAGAGAAGGUCGAAGAGGCCGUUGAAAGCGUCGAGGAGAAGUUCGAGGAUCUGAUCGGCGCCGGGGAAGAGAAGGUCGACGAGGCGAAAGAAGAGAUGGCGGAAGCGUUCGACAAAUUGGAAGAGAAAACGGAAGAGGAAGACAAACCGGAGGAGACCCCAGAAAAAGCGGAUGAGGACUCAAGGACGGGAUCAGCUGCUACGACUGCAGUAGCUUCGGUCAUGGGCAGCCAGCAAGAGAUGCACACGGCUGAAGUGUGGUCGAGAUCAAACGCCACCAGCCCAUCAGGCUCGUCGGAACUGCACGAAAUGCGCCAAGAGAUCGAGCAGGACCUUAUCGAGAUGAACGGUGGCGAGCUGGAUAUGGACGAGUCCCAAGCUACCGCCGACGAGACCGAAGAGCCGACGGUGAACAUCGAAUUGGAGGAAAUGGAGACGAACGCCGAGGAGCUCGAGCUUCCAGCGGAGGACGAGGAAACCGAAGAAAAGAAUGAAGGGCCGGAUGAAAAUGAAGAAAAUAGAGGGAACGGCGCACCGGAUGGUAUGGCAGAUGGUGAAGCUGAUCCGCCUGAUGAAGUUGCCCAUGAAGAGAACGACGACGCGCCUGCCGAAAAUAACACUAAUGAAGGUGGUGAAGAGGUCAAUGAAACUGACGCCCAUGAGGAGAACGACGACGCACCAGACGAAAAUGAAGCAAGAGAAGAGGCUGAUGAUACAAACCAAAGCGUCAAGGACAACAUUUCUAUUAGCUCUGAUCAAAGGAUAGUGAUCGAAGCUUCUUAAUUAUAUAUAAUUAAACAUAAAUUUUAAAAACAAUUAUAUGUAUAAAAAACAUGUAAAAUAACAA